CUAAAUUAAAUCUCUGACGGAAGCCGAUACUGGUGUUUGUAAACAGUGGACAGUUGAUCAGCUGUGUUGGUGGAAAUAAUUUUCGAGCGUGUAAACGAACGUUACCAUUAUUUACUAAUGCAGCAGCGAGCAACUGCCAAAUGUCUGUUUGACAGACAAAAUUAACUCGCAAUUUUAGUAAUUCAAUUUUUUAAUUGCUCAAAAAAUCGAAGUGAAUUUACUUGAAAUGGAGCAUACUGGUUUUACAGAAAAAACCGUCAAAAUGGACAUUGAAGAAACUUGUAAGAAACUGGAUUUGCUUUGCAUAGAGGAACUGGAAAUAAUGGAAGAAUAUAUUCGUUGCAAGGUUGAAUUGGAAAAGCUAAUGAAAGCUGGUUUCCUGAAUAUCGCCAAAGCUCGUUAUAUAAUGGGAAAAACUUCUGUUUCAUCAUUGCAACUGCCUUCAGAAGAUGCUUCAGAUGUCACUGCACUAUGUAAGGUCGUUUUAGACCAGAAAAGUUCAGCUGAAGAUAGAGAGUUUCAGCUCAUGUUAGAUUUCAAAGAACAAGGCAAACAAGUGGAUGGUGUGACUCCUGCUCCCCGGAAGAGAAACAUCACUGAUGAGAACAAACUAAUGGAGGAGAAACCUGAUUCCAAAUUUAAGACUCAAGAUUCUGAUCCUCUUAGGUGGUUUGGUGUUUUAGUGCCACAGAAUUUACGGCAAGCACAAACUAACUUUCAGUCUGCCCUACCAUUGGUUAUUGAAUGUGCUAACCUUCAGCUGAAGUUGUUAGAUUCCUAUGACAAACACAAAAAAGCUCUAAGGAGGAAAAAGGAUAUUUCUACAACAUGAUAAUGUAUUUUUUGGCGCUAUAGUGAAUUGUGUACAUCUUAUGAAAUGAGCUGCCAACUUAUGUAUGCAUUCCACAUAAUCUUUGUGUUACUAAUAAAUAAGUGCAUGAAGCAUUAUUGAACAAAUUAUAUGUGGAGUUGGUGGCGGUGGUGGUGGUGGUGGUAAAGGAGUAAACAACGAACUGUAUAUUUUCUACCUUGAUAAUUUUGUUGUUGUAAUUGUUUCAUUUUUAUAUUACUUUAAAGUUAAAAAAUACAAACAUUGUAAGUAAAUAUACAUAAAUAUGUUGGAGCGAACUUGCAAUGCCAAAGUCAAAUUUGAUUGCAAAACUAUGGCUAAGAAUAAGAACAACAUCCAUCUUUCAGUUAUUGAAACUGAAAUGAAUAGACCAGGGCUGUUUCAAAGAUCUUGAACAUUGAGCUGUUUGAGCAAGGUUUUUGUCUUGAUGAGCUAUCAGAGAGGAGCACCAUUCAGAUUGGCAGAACCAAAAUGGGGCAAGAUGUGCGAUGUAAGUUGAAAGCAAUAGACAUGUUAUUCAGCCUAAUUACAAUUUGACAUAUAAAAUGGUGUGGUCUUUUGCAAUUUCCAGUCUGGGUUAUACAUGAAAUUAAUGACAUUUAAAAUAAUGUUACUUUAUCCACUAUAAUGAGUUAUAUACAUUAUAUAAUUGUAUUUACCAAAAUUUUAUCCGCAAUGAGAGUGAAGAAUCAGAUCAUUAGGUUUUUGCUUUGAAAAAUGCUGAGCUUAUAUAGACAAGGAGCAGGUUUGAAAUCCAUAUCUGUGUAUCCUGAUAAAGUUUACAUGUUUUCCUUAAAACGAAAGAGCUGAAAGUUGGAUAAUUUCUUAAAGAAGCCAUCCCCACCCCACCCUCCUCUAACUGAGCUAAUGUUCUAUGUCAGAAUGACCUCAUGUUGCAUUUCAUGUCUUAUAACCGCCAGUGCCCAAGUAUUACAUUACUUAUGUGAUGUUCAUUUGUAUGUAUGUUCUUACUGCUGUACAAACUGUUUCUUCAGUAUGUAAAAAUGCUGAAUAAUUUUGGAGAAUUUUACAGAUGAAAACCAGUCUUCUGUAUUUUCUAUGGUUACCAUUAGUGAUGUGAAUAAAUAUAUCAUGUACUGAAUGAAAAAUUGUCGCAAAUAUCUUGAUAAACAGGUUCAUUGUUUAGCAAGUUAAUGUUAAGAAUGUGAUGCUUAAGCUAAAAGCACUUACCAGGUGUGCAAGAAAUAUAAUUUUAUUUACAUCAUAGUGAGUGUUGCGUAAAAAAAUUAAUUUCUUUGUAGCCUACAUAAAUACAGCAGUCUUAACAAUGUGCUGUGAUCUUUAACAUGUUACUUAGAAAAAUAGGACAUUGUAUUUAUGAGGAGUUACGAUUUCUUUUUGUUUUUGAAACAGUGUCAACAAUGGUUCAAAUGGCUCUGAGCACUAUGUGACUUAACAUCUGAGGUCAUCAGUCCCCUAGAACUUAGAACUACUUAAACCUAACUAACCUAAGGACGUCACACAUAUCCAUGCCCCAGGCAGGAUUCGAACCUGCGA